AUGUCUUCUUGCGAGUGCCCUGUUUCAUAUUAUGAUUAUGGAGUUAAUAUUGCUUGUUAAAGUAAUAUUUUAUUAUAGGGUUAGAAUGCCACUACUCUUGUUUGACCUGUAAAAUAGUUUCUACUAGAUGUGAAUCUUGUUAAUAAUUCAUAUCGAACCUACAAUGUUUUAUUAUAAACUUGCAAUUGUAAUGAAAAUUAUUAUGACUUUGGAAUUCUUAUUUGUCAAUAAUGUCAUUAUUCUUGUCUACUAUGUAAUGAUUUUGGGGCUGAUUAAUGUAUAAGUUGCUAACCAUAAGCAACAUCAUUUAGAAUAUUGAAUGGGAAAGUCUAUGAAUACCUCCUUGGAUAUUAUGACAAUGGAUUUACUUCAAAUUGUUAAAAAUUCUUUUAUAAAUGCUUAAGCUGCAUUACUUCCAAAACUUUAGCACAUCUUGUGUAUAAACAAAUUAAUUAUAUUAAAAUCAAUGCCUAUGUGAUCCUGGUUAUUAUGAUAGUGGUUUUAGUAAUUGUAGUAAAUGUGACUCUAAUUGUUACAAUUUCAAUUUCAAUUCGAAUUUUGUACAGCGUGUGAUUCGAGUAUCUUAAGAAUUUUGAACACUAGAUAAUGCUUGCUAUUGUUAACCAGGCACAACCAAAAUAGAUGGAUUAUGCUAACAUUGUGAUUUAAAUUGUUUGA